CACCUGCUGAAGCACCUCCUGUGCGACAUGUUUAUAGUGACAUGAAUGAUAUGGAGGAAAAUGAGUCCUCUCCUAUCAAUCGUGAUUCAAUUAUCAAUAUUGUUAACACCAUCUCUGCUGAGCUGGUACAGAAUGACUCUCUCUCACCCGCUCAGGAUCUUACCUCAGUGGGGGAAAGGCUGGAGAGAUUGCUAUGUAAUGAUAGACUCAGCUCACUCUCCCACAAUCUUUGUAAUCUGAUUCACCAUCUUUACAUCAAGGACCAAAAAGGAAUGACGGCCACAAAGUCUGUCUCUGAUUAUCUUCUUUUGAACUUAGGACAGAGUGGCAAAUUCCCCAAAAAUGAUAUUGUCAGACAGUUUGUUCAGAUAUAUGCUGAGGAGACGGUGAAGCAUUUUUUCCUUCCUUGCUUCAACAUUCCAUCACCUUGGAAAAUGGAUGUUGGAGGAGUUUUCCAACAUGCUUCAUCCUCUGCAUCUUGCCCCAGUUUUCUACAUUCUUUGUCUGAAAUAGUACCCCAAAGUGCCUCGAGAUCUCCUUCACAAAUACUGCAGAGCACUUUACAAGAUCUUCCUACAGUUAUGGCAAGGAAUGUGAUUAACCUGCUAGCCCCGACUCUGCAAACAACAGGGGAAUUAGAGGCCCAAACAGACCAGCAGCCAUUACCUGAUAAUAUGUGUCUUUUUAGCAGACCUUCUUCAGGUGAUCCGACACAAAUUUCAGCGACCAAGGAUAUUGGUAUGGGUUUCUCUUAUUCCUCUCUGAACCCAAUGGAUUCCACCUCAGAGGAUUACACCAACCUGGUCUCUAUAUUAGUCAUUAGACUACUUUCUAAGUUGAAGGAUCAAGAGUCACUCACUGACGAUAUGUUGGACAUAUCUAGAGUGCUAAUUGACAGGAUAAUCACAGAAAUUGAUGCUGCCUUGGGCAUCGCAAAAAGUAAGGCAUGUCCACAUGAUGUGAGAAUCAGAAAAGUCUUCAAAGCCAUUUACAAUGAUCUCCUGCAUGAGUUUGGCGGUAAGGAGAUUCUUCUGAAGGCGAUGAUGUCAGAGGAUCCUUGCUUUGAGACGUGUCUGGUCACCUCCCUAACACGUGAGUUCAUGCAAACCACUGAUAUGCCAAAUCCAAAGGAAGAGAAGACCAAGAAGUGGACACUUGGGUUCCUACCAAAAAUCUCCAAAAUCAAAACCUUUCUUGGUCUGAAGAAAUCAAAGUCAGGCAAUAAUGGAGAGGCGCAGAACUUGGAUCCGAUCUCUGCUCAUGCUGUUCCAACUGUCCUAUGUACAGGCUGCCUACCAUGUGUUGCACCAGUUGCCUCGAGUGGCACGACUACAUCUGCUUCACCAGAGAAGAAACCUCGCAGGGGCUUUUUCUCCAGAAUCAUUUCCAGUUUAUCCAGAAAAUCCCCAAAGAUAUGCCCAGAGACACUUCAUUAAAAUUCCAAAAAACAUAGUUUGCAUUGCAUU